AUGGGAAGUAAUCCAACUAUGUUUGAAGAGUUAAAGAAAGUAAUGAUCAAGGAGUUUGAGAUGACUGAUAUUGGACUAGUGUCAUACUAUCUUGGUAUUGAGGCAAAGCAGAAGGAAGAUGGAAUCUUUAUUUCACAACAAAACUACGCAAAGGAGAUGCUCAAGAAAUUCAAGAUGGAUAACUACAAGCCAAUUGGAACACCAAUGGAGUGCAAAAUGAAGUUAUCAAAGUUCGACGAAGCAGAAAAGGUGGAUGCUACAUAUUUCAAGAGUUUGAUGGGUAGUUUGCAAUAUUUGAUGUGCACAAGACCAGGCAUUCUAUAUGGUAUUAGACUCAUUAGUCGAUACAUGGAGACUCCAACCACUACUCAUCUCAACGCCGCAAAAUGA